AUGCGCAUCAGUGUCGCCCUCGGCUUGUUCGCCGUCACGGUGACCGCUAGCCCAACAAAGUUUGGCCGCGGCGAAUGCGCCGAGACGAUUGAACGCGAUGUAGCCGUGAUCGGGGGCGGUGCUUCCGGCGCACACGCUGCUGUGUGGUUACGUGAUGCCGGGUAUAGUGUAGUUGUCGUUGAAAGGGCCGCUCAACUUGGCGGACACACCAACUUCUACACAGACCCGGCUUCCGGGACCUCCAUCAAUGUCGGGGUCCAGGGUUGGGUAGAGUACAACUCCGCCUUCGACUUCCCCCACCGCAUGAACGUAUCCACCAGUGGUGCUAUGUCUUUCACUCCCAACACAGUCCAGUACAUCGACUACGAAACAGGACACCCCGUCGCCGGCUACACGGCCCCAGACCAAGCCGACAUGAACGCUGCUCUGCAGCGGUAUCUCGACGUACUCGAGCAGUAUCAGGACCUCGUCCUCCCAGGCUUCUUCAACUUUCCCUCUGAUCCCGCGUCAAUCCCAGAAGACCUACUGAUCCCGUUUGGCGAGUUUGCGGAAAAGCACAACCUGUCGGCCGCCCUUCCCCAGAUCUGGGAUGCCACAGCCCAGGGCCUCGGCGAUACCAUGCACGUCCCGACGCUUUGGGUCGUCCAAGCCUGCGGUGCGCCCUUCGUGCGUGCCCUGCUCGGCACCGCGGCCUCCGCCGUUCCAGAAUCAGGCCGGCUGUACGACUUAUACGACAGCGUCGCUGCCUUUCUCGGGUCCGACGUGCUCUACUCCAGCACUGUUAUCUCCACCACCCGCUCCGACGACGGCGGUGACGACGACACCGCACAUCCCAUCUCCUUAAAAGUCCUCAGCGCCACCACCAAUAAACACACCCGUAUCCACGCCCGCCGCCUCCUCCUCUCCAUGGAACCCACCCCAGCCAACAUCAGCCCCUUCGACCUCGACGACUCCGAAACCGCCAUCCUCGCCCGCUUCAACUACUCCACCGUCUACGCCGGCGUCCUACGCCACCCAUCCUUACAAACCCUCAAUGCCUACACCAACCGCUCCCCAGAACCGGGAUCCCUCAACUACACUGUCUUCCCAGUCGCGCCACAAGUGGGACGCAUCGAAUACGUCGGCGGGACUGAGGACAUAUUCGCGCUUACGGCGGUUGGAACGGCGGAGGAUACCGCGGAGGGGAUGAAGCGGCGUGUUAACGAGGCGGUUGAGGCGAUGAUUGAGGCUGGGACGUUACCCCCACCCUCAGACGGUAGUGACGACAGAAAGCGGACGGUUGAGGUGGAUUUCGAGUUAUUCGCUGACCACGGGCACAUGCACUCGCGGGUGUCGGCGGAGGAACUGCGCGCGGGAUUUAUCACGGAUCUGUACUCGUUGCAGGGCCGGCGGAAUACCUUUUGGACUGGGGCUGCGUUUUCGGCGGGGUUUUCGACUGUGGUGUGGGAGUUUAACAAGGUGUUGCUGCCGAAGGUGAUUGAGGGGUUGUGA